GCACCGAUGAGAGAUCCAGUUUUCACGGGGACCACCAUGGCUUAUCACCCUUUCCACGCUCACCGGCCGGCCGACUUUCCCAUGUCAGCAUUCCUUGCUGCUGCUCAGCCUUCUUUCUUCCCGACUCUAACUCUGCCCCCGGGUCUCACUAAACCACUGGCGGACCAUGCUCUCUCCGGAGCCGCAGAAGCUGGUUUACACGCUGCGCUGGGACACCACCACCAGGCGGCUCAUCUUCGCUCACUCAAGAGCCUGGAGCCUGAGGAGGACGUAGAAGACGACCCGAAAGUCACGUUAGAAGCAAAGGAACUUUGGGACACAUUUCACAAAACUGGAACAGAAAUGGUCAUCACAAAAUCCGGAAGAAGAAUGUUUCCGCCGUUUAAAGUCCGUGUCAAUGGUCUCGAUAAAAAAGCCAAAUAUAUCCUUUUGAUGGAUAUUGUUGCGGCUGACGACUGUCGCUACAAGUUCCACAACUCUCGAUGGAUGGUAGCAGGAAAAGCCGAUCCGGAGAUGCCCAAACGAAUGUACAUCCAUCCGGACAGCCCAGCAACUGGAGAGCAGUGGAUGGCAAAGCCUGUUGCUUUCCACAAACUUAAACUGACGAACAAUAUUUCGGAUAAGCAUGGAUUUACUAUACUGAAUUCGAUGCAUAAAUACCAGCCCAGAUUUCAUAUCGUGCGAGCGAACGACAUCCUAAAGCUUCCUUACAGCACCUUCCGGACAUACGUAUUUCCAGAGACUGACUUUAUAGCCGUCACUGCCUAUCAGAAUGACAAGAUUACACAGCUAAAAAUUGACAAUAACCCCUUCGCAAAAGGAUUCAGAGACACAGGAAAUGGAAGGAGAGAAAAAAGGAAACAGUUAACCCUUCCAUCUUUGCGGAUGUAUGAAGAUCAGUGUAAAGUGGACAGGGAUGGUGGCGAUUCGGACGCCUCAUCAUGCGAACAAACUACCGGGAGGGAUUCAGUCAGCUCUCCUCUUGGACCAGUGACCAGUCCUCUGAAGUUUAACAGGAGUGGUCGAGAUGAAAAAACCUGCACUGAAAGUGAUCAGGAACUGGACCCCCAGGAGGACCAGUCCAUUGGAGUUAGCAGCCCAGGUCCAGAAACACCUUCUCCUUUCAACCCUCGUUGUGAGGAAAGAGCGAAAGACAGGCCUGGUCUGGACAAGAAGGGGGACUACUCGGAUUCGAGGAAAGAGAACGACAGCGUUUUCAGCAUCAGAAACAUCGAGAAAGACAAAUUAGACAGCAGAAACCAGAAAGACUCGGACUCUUCUAAGAAGGAGGCGGACUGCGUUGGCUUGAGUGGGAUCAAAGAGGGCUUUUCCCCUCUGAUGGUCCAGACCGAGAGCCCGUCGCACUUUAGUGCGGGUCACUUGCAGAGUUUGGCCCUGUCAGGUUUACAUAGCCAGCAUUUCUUUAACCCUCUCAACACGGGACAACCACUUUUCAUCCAUCCCGGGCAGUUUGCAAUGGCUCCUGGUGCUUUCUCUACAAUGGGCAUGGGACACUUGUUGGCAUCCAUGUCUGGAGCGAGUGGACUGGAGAAUGGAAGCUUGUCAUCCCAGAGUGCAAGUUCGCCUAAUCCUUUCCCAUUCCACCUGUCACAACACAUGCUCGCGUCUCAGGGUAUUUCAAUGCCACCAUUUGGGGGACUGCUACCAUACCCAUACACAUAUAUGGCAGCCGCUGCUGCAGCGGCCUCUGCCCUGCCAGCCAACAGUGCAGCCACCUCGCUUAGCCGAAACCCUUUUUUGGGUAGCACCCGCCCCAGACUGCGUUUCAGCCCUUACCAGAUACCGAUGCCGAUCCCCCAGACCUCUAGCCUGCUCACCACCGGAUUACAGAGCGGCCUGAACACAGAAUCCGAGUCGUCAAAGUCAGGCAGCAGAGAGACAACACCCGAGUCUGAGCAGCACAACCACAAGGCUGGAUCCAGCCAGAGAACGGGAUCCCCCAAAACAUCCGUCAAAGACUCCAUUAAUGAGCUGCAAAGCAUUCAGAGACUGGUCAGUGGACUUGAAAAACAGAGGGAAGUUUCCCCAGGCAGAGAAUCCCCCAAGUGACCACAUAACAGAUUAAAAAUUUCACCUGUGUUGAAUGAU